GCAAACCCAAGUGACUGGGAUGCAGUUGCCAUUACCGCAUCGAUAUUGUCGCAGGGGACAGGCGGUCUCACCUGUGAAUCAAUCGAACAUCUUAUCGAGCCAGAUCUCCACUCUCGCAAUCGCAACUCGAGGUAACUCAAGGUGAGUACCUGUAUACUUCGGUAUACGACUCCGAUGGACUGCAGAAGAUUCAUCCAUUUUAAUAUUUCGUUUUUUUCCGCCAAAUAACCUUCGCGAAGUUUAAACGAUGUAUGUUAUUGUAAUCAUAAAACGAAAUGGAGAAUUUUCAACAGAGAAAAUGAACCAAUUUAUCCGAGACAAAAUUCCCAAGGUCAGUCUUCGAUUCGGCGCGUGAUCUUUGUUACGCUUGUUAGGCGUGGUCUUCGGCCGGUGAAAGGAUGCGGGUCGAGUGACAUAACUGUGCCUCAUCUGCAGCAGCAUCUGCAUCGUGGUGAUCGGGAGAAUGUAACACACUGACCGGCUUUAUUACGUACGCGUCUGCUGUAGGAUUCACGGAUCCAACGACUACUCGAGUGAACGUGAAAGGAUCGUCUACCCAAUUAUAGCAGCAGAUUCGGCUACUUUGCGCAGAAUUAUUAAUACCUACUGUGAUUCUCGCGAUGACAACAACGAUUGCUUUCGAACUUUUCAUCAUCUUUGGCUACGUCAGAAAAGCAUUGCGGCUCUGGACGAGUUGGACUUUCUCUGCUUUCAACAUGAUUCUUCACGACUUUGCAACCCUAUUAUCGAAACAAGUCUUCAGAAAGAUGUCGGUCCCUUCCGACGAACCCCUGCGAUGAUCUGGAAACGGUUCGAUGGAAAACUCUGGAACCGUAGAUAUGUUCUCUGUACUGGAACCGACGAGAUUUUUCAUUCAAUCAAUGGAUCUCGCGACAGUUAUUCUGUGCAUAGACCGGCCAAAAGUAGUACAGUCCGGUCCAAUUGAGAAGAAUUUUCAUUUUCCUAGAGCAGUUGAUGGCACCAGAGGAAGUCAAAACGAAGUCCACGACAGCAAUGAUUCUUCAAAUGAUAACCAAGGCUCCGGUCGGAUGAAGUCAGAAUUUUCACGCAUCGGGUAUAACGUACCCGGAGAGCCAGGAGUCGACUACCCAGCCUACACACGUGUGCCUAAAACCGGGUUCUCUUGUCAAGGCCGAACGCACGGCUAUUAUGCUGACGUGGAGACUGGCUGUCAGGCUUUCCAUAUAUGCCACAGCGUUGUGAUCUCCUCUUUCAUCUGUCCAAUCGGAUCGAUUUUUUCACAAAAUCUGCUCACCUGUGAGUGGUGGAAUAAAGUGAACUGCAAGGCGACCGACUACUCGCAUCAAAGAAUACACGAUAUCGAUCAUGAAACGGCCCGAAAUGCACACGCGACGAUACACCAAGCAGAACGAGACGCAGCUAGACGAGGGAAAGCUAUACACGUUGAGAGACAAGCUGAAUCGAUAGCCAAGUUCGAUAGUGAUGAACAUAGAGCAAUUGCAAAUAGUAAUGCUGGGUUCAAGCCAAAUAUCGUUGAUGUCGCUUUGAUAUCGAAAAACUUUGCGCUACCGCAACUAAGCGGGGGUUCAGGAUUCAAAUUCGGCGAUACUGAUUCGUCCAUCGUUCGCAUCAAACAAAAUUACAACAGUGAUUCUCUGGUCGAUUAUCCUAUCUCACAGUCAGGCACGUUUGUUGGCGAUUUUCAGAACUCUGAUCCGCAGAAUGACAGAGUUUCCGAGAAUAAUUUCCAACCAUCGUAUGCGCCGACCGUUCCUACCGUCACGACCACGACGAGGAGAAUGUACUCACCCACUGUACCAACUAUGCACAAGCGUUCUACGGAAUCCUACGAGAAAUAUGUUCCGAAUAUCGAAGGAGCCAUUCAUCCGUACGCUCACAAAAGUGGUCUUGACCCCUUGACUACGAAGGAUAGUGCCAGCUACGCAGACGGCGACCAACAAUUGCUGACUUCCAGAUUUUCAAAUAUAAAUCCGCUAGAUUUUGACUCCGAUAUUGCAGAUAGAGUAGAACUGUUCAGGGAACGGCCAUCAAGCUCCCCAUCGAAUGAGAAGAACGGUGAAGCUGUAUCAAAACCGGAAAGUGCUACGUCAAACAGUGAAAAAAUGGGGCAAAGUAAUACAGUGAGAAAUGAAGAGAAUAAUGAGCCUGACAUUUCUCAAGACAGAAUACCACCCUUAAUUAUCCAAAUUCCAAGGCCUGCAGGCUCGUCUGGACCACCUUCCAUUAAUAUUGCUGAUCAAAUAUUUACCUUCGAUUCACUGACGACGAUGCGACCUUUGAUAUCUCAACCGUCUAAACCUGUGGGAGGUAUCGACGGAGAACAGACGCCAGAAACACCCACCAGUACAUCACUUUUGAUUCCACAAAUUGCGCAAUCUGCAGAACCAACACGUACACAAAUUUCAGGGGGAGUCGACGCCGGAGGAAUUGUUGGGUUACCACCCAGAAUACCGUCUUCGGUACCUCAAAUUCCGCAAUCUGGAGUAACAGAUGCAACUGAUCGAAUGGAAACUUCUCAAUCCCCUUUUGAGAUUCCACCGUUGAUUCCUCAAAAUUCUCAACCCGAAAUUAUUUUGGAAACUCAAAAUUCAGCUACGGCUGACGAUGGAAGUUCAUUCGACGUACCACCAAGAAUUCCGCCCUUGAUACCCCAGAUUACACUGAACGUUCAAACAGAAACUUCUAAAUCGACUGACGACGAAAGUUCACUUGAUUUGCCAUUCAGAAUCCCACCUCUGAUACCCCAGAUUACACAAUCCGAACAAACAGAAACUUCUGGAUCGACUGGCGACGAAAGUUCACUUGAUUUGCCAUUCAGAAUCCCACCCUUGAUACCCCAGAUUACACAAUCCGGACAAACAGAAACUUCUGGAUCGACUGGCGACGACAGUUCAUUUGAUUUGCCAUCCAGAAUUCCGCCCUUGAUACCCCAGAUUACACAAUCCGGACAAACAGAAACUUCUGGAUCGACUGGCGACGAAAGUUCACUUGAUUUGCCAUCCAGAAUUCCGCCCUUGAUACCCCAGAUUACACAAUCUGGACAAACAGAAACUUCUGGAUCGACUGGCGACGAAAGUUCACUUGAUUUGCCAUCCAGAAUUCCGCCCUUGAUACCCCAGAUUACACAAUCCGAACAAACAGAAACUUCUGGAUCGACUGGCGACAAAAGUUCAUUUGAUUUACCAUCCAUGUUCCCAUCCAGAAUCCCACCUCUGAUACCCCAGAUUACACAAUCCGAACAAACAGAAAAUUCUGAAUCGACUGGCGACGAAAGUUCACUUGAUUUGCCAUCCAGAAUUCCGCCCUUGAUACCCCAGAUUACACAAUCCGAACAAACAGAAACUUCUGGAUCGACUGGCGACGAAAGUUCACUUGAUUUGCCAUCCAGAAUUCCGCCCUUGAUACCCCAGAUUACACAAUCCGAACAAACAGAAACUUCUGGAUCGACUGGCGACGAAAGUUCACUUGAUUUGCCAUCCAGAAUUCCGCCCUUGAUACCCCAGAUUACACAAUCCGAACGAACAGAAACUUCUGGAUCGACUGGCGACAAAAGUUCAUUUGAUUUGCCAUCCAGAAUUCCACCCUUGAUACCCCAGAUUACACAAUCCGGACAAACAGAAACUUCUGGAUCGACUGGCGACAAAAGUUCAUUUGAUUUGCCAUCCAGAAUUCCACCCUUGAUACCCCAGAUUACACAAUCCGGACAAACAGAAACUUCUGGAUCGACUGGCGACGAAAGUUCAUUCGAUUUGCCAUCCAGAAUUCCGCCCUUGAUACCCCAGAUUACACAAUCCGGACACACAGAAACUUCUGGAUCGACUGGCGACGACAGUUCAUUUGAUUUGCCAUCCAGAAUUCCGCCCUUGAUACCCCAGAUUACACAAUCCGAACAAACAGAAACUUCUGGAUCGACUGGCGACGAAAGUUCACUUGAUUUGCCAUCCAGAAUUCCGCCCUUGAUACCCCAGAUUACACAAUCCGAACGAACAGAAACUUCUGGAUCGACUGGCGACGAAAGUUCACUUGAUUUGCCAUCCAGAAUUCCGCCCUUGAUACCCCAGAUUACACAAUCCGGACAAACAGAAACUUCUGGAUCGACUGGCGACGAAAGUUCACUUGAUUUGCCAUCCAGAAUUCCGCCCUUGAUACCCCAGAUUACACAAUCUGGACAAACAGAAACUUCUGGAUCGACUGGCGACGAAAGUUCACUUGAUUUGCCAUCCAGAAUUCCGCCCUUGAUACCCCAGAUUACACAAUCCGAACAAACAGAAACUUCUGGAUCGACUGGCGACAAAAGUUCAUUUGAUUUACCAUCCAUGUUCCCAUCCAGAAUCCCACCUCUGAUACCCCAGAUUACACAAUCCGAACAAACAGAAAAUUCUGAAUCGACUGGCGACGAAAGUUCACUUGAUUUGCCAUCCAGAAUUCCGCCCUUGAUACCCCAGAUUACACAAUCCGAACAAACAGAAACUUCUGGAUCGACUGGCGACGAAAGUUCACUUGAUUUGCCAUCCAGAAUUCCGCCCUUGAUACCCCAGAUUACACAAUCCGAACAAACAGAAACUUCUGGAUCGACUGGCGACGAAAGUUCACUUGAUUUGCCAUCCAGAAUUCCGCCCUUGAUACCCCAGAUUACACAAUCCGAACGAACAGAAACUUCUGGAUCGACUGGCGACAAAAGUUCAUUUGAUUUGCCAUCCAGAAUUCCACCCUUGAUACCCCAGAUUACACAAUCCGGACAAACAGAAACUUCUGGAUCGACUGGCGACAAAAGUUCAUUUGAUUUGCCAUCCAGAAUUCCACCCUUGAUACCCCAGAUUACACAAUCCGGACAAACAGAAACUUCUGGAUCGACUGGCGACGAAAGUUCAUUCGAUUUGCCAUCCAGAAUUCCGCCCUUGAUACCCCAGAUUACACAAUCCGGACACACAGAAACUUCUGGAUCGACUGGCGACGACAGUUCAUUUGAUUUGCCAUCCAGAAUUCCGCCCUUGAUACCCCAGAUUACACAAUCCGAACAAACAGAAACUUCUGGAUCGACUGGCGACGAAAGUUCACUUGAUUUGCCAUCCAGAAUUCCGCCCUUGAUACCCCAGAUUACACAAUCCGAACGAACAGAAACUUCUGGAUCGACUGGCGACAAAAGUUCAUUUGAUUUGCCAUCCAGAAUUCCACCCUUGAUACCCCAGAUUACACAAUCCGGACAAACAGAAACUUCUGGAUCGACUGGCGACGAAAGUUCAUUCGAUUUGCCAUCCAGAAUUCCGCCCUUGAUACCCCAGAUUACACAAUCCGGACACACAGAAACUUCUGGAUCGACUGGCGACGACAGUUCAUUUGAUUUGCCAUCCAGAAUUCCGCCCUUGAUACCCCAGAUUACACAAUCCGAACAAACAGAAACUUCUGGAUCGACUGGCGACGAAAGUUCAUUCGAUUUGCCAUCCAGAAUUCCGCCCUUGAUACCCCAGAUUACACAAUCCGGACACACAGAAACUUCUGGAUCGACUGGCGACGACAGUUCAUUUGAUUUGCCAUCCAGAAUUCCGCCCUUGAUACCCCAGAUUACACAAUCCGAACAAACAGAAACUUCUGGAUCGACUGGCGACAAAAGUUCAUUUGAUUUACCAUCCAUGUUCCCAUCCAGAAUCCCACCUCUGAUACCCCAGAUUACACAAUCCGAACAAACAGAAAAUUCUGAAUCGACUGGCGACGAAAGUUCACUUGAUUUGCCUUCCAGAAUUCCGCCCUUGAUACCCCAGAUUACACAAUCCGAACAAACAGAAACUUCUGGAUCGACUGGCGACGAAAGUUCACUUGAUUUGCCAUCCAGAAUUCCGCCCUUGAUACCCCAGAUUACACAAUCCGAACAAACAGAAACUUCUGGAUCGACUGGCGACGAAAGUUCAUUUGAUUUGCCAUCCAGAAUUCCACCCUUGAUACCCCAGAUUACACAAUCCGAACAAACAGAAACUUCUGGAUCGACUGGCGACGAAAGUUCACUUGAUUUGCCAUCCAGAAUUCCGCCCUUGAUACCCCAGAUUACACAAUCCGAACAAACAGAAACUUCUGGAUCGACUGGCGACAAAAGUUCAUUUGAUUUACCAUCCAUGUUCCCAUCCAGAAUCCCACCUCUGAUACCCCAGAUUACACAAUCCGAACAAACAGAAACUUCUGGAUCGACUGGCGACGAAAGUUCACUUGAUUUGCCAUCCAGAAUUCCGCCCUUGAUACCCCAGAUUACACAAUCCGGACAAACAGAAACUUCUGGAUCGACUGGCGACGAAAGUUCACUUGAUUUGCCAUCCAGAAUUCCGCCCUUGAUACCCCAGAUUACACAAUCCGAACAAACAGAUACUUCUGGAUCGACUGGCGACGACAGUUCACUUGAUUUGCCAUCCAGAAUCCCACCGUUGAUAACUCAAACGCAAGAUGUACCCAUGGCACAGUUUGAGCAACCAUCAGCUGUAUCCAAUCGCACAGAAACUACAUCUACUGAGACUCCGUUGCAGAUCUCUCAGCCAGGAGGAUUAUCAGGGACUCAAACUUCCGGUACGGACGGUGAUAAAAUUUCAUAUGGUUCAACUGCUAGGACUCCACUCUUCGUACCUGAGACUUCACAAUUUGAUCGGCCAUUAGUCGUAACCAAUCGUGAUCAAUUUUUUCCCCAAUACACUCGGGCUCCGCCAUCAGUUCCUCAAGGUUCUGAGUCAGGAUUACCUGUCGUAACUGAAACAAUGGCUGACUCAGGGGAUGACUUAUCUGCCUCGAAUAAUCGUAAGGAAACUUCUCAGUCACCGCAAAGGACAAACCAGACGAAACCAAAGACUACUGUUUUCAACUUAACAUCCUCGAGUACCGAAAGCAGCACUCUGCCAACAUCAGGACACCCCAACAUGUUUCUUUCAAAUGUUCAUCCGCACGUUGUGCAGAAUGGCUAUGACCAGGAGUCUCCUUGUUCAACGGUACAAGACGAUGGACCAACGUUGAGCCAAGACCACCCGGGUAUUUCUUUAAUGUUACUUCCGCCAGAGAAGGAGAUCCCAAAAGAGGAAGGAGUAUCGGUUAAAGGAAGCUUCUCUGGAACGGGAAGUCAGUACGGGGAUGAUCUACAAUCUCCGAUGGGAGAAGUCUAUGCUUAUGCAACCGCGGCUCCCUAUCCAGAUUCUUUCACCGUAUCUCGCGGAUACCUUCCGGUAUCCACAAAACCAUUAAUUUCUACGACGAAUAAAAGGAUUUACAAUCAGAAAAGUGCAAGUGCAGACGACCCAUCUCAGUUUCAAAACCAAGAUGCACGACGUUCGGAUGGAAAAUACCAAAAAAAUGUUUCCGUUGAUCCUCUCAAGAGAUUAAUUUCAUCAGCAGGAAGUGUUCGUGCAACGAAGCAUAAGAUUUACGGAUCAAUUCGACCAAACGGUAUUCCGUCUGAUCCCCCGAUUGAUUUGAGUGAAAUCCAAACUUCGAUUGCUGGCAAAGAUGAUUCUACACCAUACCAAUUUUCUGUCACGGUUAACGGUGACGAGAACUUCACUCCUUCAGAGGAUUUCAUCGGCAAACUUCUUGCACAACAAGAGAACGAUCACGCGGUAUUAGAUUUCGGGGAUCUUGGAGACUACGAAAUAAUAAAAUCUGAACAUCCUGACGAGUAUUCUGAGGAUCUUCCAGCCGAACCUUCGUUUGAUCUCGAUAACUUUUUCAGAAAUCGACAAAAUGAACAGAUAUUCAACUUUCAAUCUCAGAAUUUGAGCCCCAAUGAACCGAAUGCCCGGAAUAGCGAUCGGGGUCGAAUAGGAGUGGAGGCGGUGCACUCUGGUGAUCAUCCACGCCCCUUCUCUUUUGCCAAUGACCAAAACGUGGGUUCGCAAACAAGAUUGGCGUCAUUUGAUGAAUUCCCCGUGGCAAACCCGCUCUAUUUUCCGAGUAAUGCACAAAGUGAUCGCUCGGUAGACGAUGGGCAUCUUCUGAAAGUGGGGACCUAUGCCGAGGACAUAAACAGCUCGUUACGAUCACUCUCCGAUCUAGCGCACAGCGUAUUCGAAACUCGAUCAGUUGCAAUUAGUAGGGCACAGAUUUUAGACGAGUUGAAGAAGCACUUUGGUCAGCCUUUGUAUUACGGUGGUCCUGGGGAUGAUCUCUCGCCACGCCUGGCUGGAGGCAACAUCGAGAAUAAAGUUGAACCAAAGUUCGCCAAUUUAGAACAAUAUGGAGUUCGAAAUGCUUCUCCGGUCGAACAACAGGAGGUCACGACCACUUCUACGCCUCCGAAAACAUCUACGACUACUUCCAAGGCUGCCGAAACGCAGGUGGAAACUGAAAUUUUACCAUCAUUGAGUUUUUCCCUCGACUCAGACGAUGAGCGUAGAGCAUAUGCAGAAGCUGUUCUUCGAGGAUUCCUGGCGGAUCAACCUUCUGCAAGUCCCAGAAGCAAGGAGACUCCACUUUAUCAAAGGUCGAGCGGAAAUUAAAAGUCGAGUAGCCAUGAUAAUUUUUGUUAUUGUAUUAUGAUAUCGAGCGAUGAUUGUACAUAUUGUGUAAGCGUAUUGUAAUAAGUUUUCUCAUUCAUACAUAAACCCUAUGCUUUUCCAUGUC